CCGGAAGCCCACCUUUCACCCGGAAAUGGUUGUUGAAAAACAUGGCGUUGCUGGUGCGAGUCCUUAGGAACCGGAUUAGCAUCUCCCAGUGGGUUCCAGUAUGCAGCCGAUUGCUACUUGUGUCUCAUACACAGGGACAGUACGGCAGGGCUCUGUCUGGUACUUCCCAGUGGCCCCAGAUGAGCCAGGCCCUCGCAUGUGGUGGAUCAGUAGUAGACAUUCAGCUAAGUAGGAAGUAUCAUACCACAAAUAAGCUUUCUUCUACCAAGGAUUCCCCACAGCCUGUUGAGGAGAAGGUUGGUGCCUUCACAAAGAUAAUAGAAGCCAUGGGAUUCACAGGACCUUUGAAAUACAGUAAAUGGAAGAUUAAGAUUGCAGCCCUGCGCAUGUAUACUAGCUGUGUGGAGAAAACUGACUUCGAGGAAUUCUUUCUAAGGUGUCAGAUGCCUGAUACAUUCAAUUCAUGGUUUCUUAUAACUCUACUUCAUGUCUGGAUGUGUCUAGUCCGAAUGAAGCAGGAAGGCCGGAGUGGGAAAUACAUGUGUCGUAUCAUAGUUCAUUUUAUGUGGGAGGAUGUUGAGCAGCGUGGCAGAAUCAUGGGGGUUAAUUCCUAUAUCCUGAAGAAGAACAUGAUGCUUAUGACAAAUAAUUUCUAUGUGGCAGUCUUGGGAUAUGAUGAGGGGGUCCUUUCAGAUGAUCGUGGGCUGGCUGCUGCCCUCUGGAGAACCUUCUUCAACCAGAAAUGUGAAGACCCUCGACAACUUGAAUUGUUGGUGGAGUAUGUGAGGAAGCAGAUACAGUACCUGGACUCCAUGAACGGUGAGGAUCUGCUUCUGACAGGGGAGGUGAGCUGGCGCCCUCUAGUGGAGAAGAAUCCUCAGAGCAUCCUGAAGCCCCAUUCCCCAACUUACAACGACGAGGGUCUUUAAUGGGCUGGUCCCUCCGAACAGCUGGCCAACUAGCUCGGAGGAACUGCCAGAAGAGAGGUGGCUGUUUGGCCCAGGAUCCUGCAGGAAGUGGCCUGAACUGACCUUUGAAUAGCAUCUGUCAAAUACCUGGCCCCAUUUGUGUUGAUUUUCCUCUUAGGACGCCCAGGAGUCUGACUGGGUGGGGUACGGUGCUGGGAGAACCCUUAUCCCUUCUAAGGUGUCCUCUCCCUCAAGAGAAGCCCUGAGCAAGAGCUCCCCUGCACACACUCCCCAGGUCCCUUCUAGGAAACAUGCGAUUGACAGCUUUUCCCAAAGGCCACAGAAGGGAAUGGGGUAGGUUAGAAAGGGGACACCCCUUACCCCCCCAAGGGCCCACUGUGGCCUGGGAGCAGUUUGUAAUGCUGCUGAGUCAAGACGGGUAACCACGCUCUGUCCUCCGGCGUCGAGCCGUGGGGUUGAGUUGGCCAUUAAAAGAAACAGAGACUUCUCUCUGCCAUGGCUCUGUAUUCCUGGGUCUUUUAGAAAUUACCUGGGAUGGUGGAUGCCACGAGCUGAGGAGCACUGCCCAGCUCAGUUAGAGGCGGGGAGGGGGAGAGGCUCAGGGGGGGUCUCUGCUGCUGCUUCUGCCUCCAGUUUGUAGAGAUGUCACUGUUCUGGCCAAGGUACAGCCUUCCAGGCCAUGACCUUGGGGACCCAGGAGGCCUCUAUGACCAGGGGGCUUUGUCACAUCCUGAGUCAUUUGAAAAGAGGCCUCAAGGGAAAGGUCCCUUUGUCAUACACACUCCCAUUGAACUGGGUGAGGAACAUGCUGCCUUUUCCUCUCUUGGCUCCCCCUUACACGAGGUACUGGGGAGCAGGGGAGAGGAGGAGAACACACUCUUCCUGGCUUCGUUGCUCCGCCCCAGGACGCAGCCCCGUGCCCAGCCUUCCACCCCCUUCCCAACUCCAGGAGCAUGUGCUGCAGAGCCACCUUGGUCUGAGCACUUGAGGACCAGUCCCCUCCUCCGAGUGUGGGUCAUCUCUAGGGGAAUUUUCUUUAAAUUGAAGAAAGGGAGCGGAGAACCAUAUUGCCCCUCCCCCCAACAAACGUCCUUCAUUUAACUUGCUAUAAAAUGAGUCAUAUAAAGAAACUCUAUAAGGGUGAGGUAUAUCUCACUUCUGUGAAAACAUUACAAAUCAAACCGCCUUCUCUGAGUUUAUUUAAGAUGCUUUUGUUGCACACGGAGCUCUAGAGUGAAGCCUCCUGUGUGUGUGAGAUAAUAACACCUUGUAACUCAUUAUAGCUGGGCACUAUUUACAUAAACCAGAGCUGGGCCAGGCAGGAAUUUGCUGAUUAAUUUAUUUUUAAUGGAGUGAGGUAUACCAUGCACCAAAAUAAACUUUACAGUGUGUACCUAACUGCUCCUGGAAUGGAUGGAAAAAUUAAUGGAACAGAUUUGGCUCUCAACUCUACACAUUAAUUUAUAUAUAAAAGUUAUUUGAGCCUUAACCCAUUUGCUGCCCAGGGAAGCUCCCCAACCACAGAUCCCAGCCUGCAGCACCAGUUCAGCUACCGGGCUUGCUUUAGAAUCAUGGCAUCUCAGAUUGGAAGGACCGUUAGCGGUCAUUUAGUCCAGCCCUGGUCCGGAACUUGACGCCCCUUCUCAACAUCCCAGUUGCCUAUGUUCAUACAGGCCCCAUAUGAAUACCUCCAGCAGCAGACGGCCCCCACCUGCAGAGCCAAGUCCUGUCUCCAUAAGAAGAGUAAUCACCAAACACUGCAACUUAUGCAUGACAUGCAGCCAUGUUUCAAAGAGCCAGUCGAUCUAUCAUGUCUGUGAUGUCCCGAAGCCCUCACUUCCUGCCCGUAGGCAUCGUUCACUGACUACACCUGCCCCCCGCAAAAUAAAAUCCAGGCUCCUUGGAAGCUGCAAGGCUCCUCUUAGUUUGAUCCUUGUUUGUCUCUUUGAGUCUCUAACCCAUUUCUUUUCUGAGCAACUGAACCACUGGGGUUACCUGAGGAGACUACCCUGUAUGUUGUCUCUGCCUGGAAUGCUGUCCGCUCUUCUGACUAAAGAAAUUCCACAUGUCCCCUAAUACCACCCUCUCCUGUUCACCCCAGGCAGUAUUCUCCAGAGGAACGAUUUUUUUACAUACCCGCCCUCCAUCCUGCACUGUGAGUACCUUCAGAGUGGGCAUUGGUGUUUGGAUCAGUCGCCUUUGUUUUUCCAGCGUCCAGCAGCGUGGCUGCACCUUAGUAGGCAUCAGUGUAAGCUUUGAUAAAUGAAAGAAGGAAUGAGUGACUAAAUUACCAAUCAUUAUCUAUACAAGCCCAACAAAAAGCCCCUUUCUGGACCAUUCUGUCAGUUGGUACUACAGUUCAGCUUAUUUUAAUAAUUCAGUACGAAGUACCUCCUUUGGCCUUCUAAUAGGAACAAGAGCCAGAUGUUCUUUCUAUAGCUAAACGUUUUUCUAUUGCAAAUUGUUAUUAUACAGAACAAGUAAAAGACAUGUUUUCUUUGCUCUCAGGGAGAUUGCUCUCUAGGAAUAAUUUUGUCCUGUAUUUGUACUAUGAAUACUUCCAGAAAGGAUCACAGCAAAUUAAGAGACACAGGUGUAAAAACUGCAAAACGAUUGAAACAAAGUUUAAGAGAUAAGAUGCAAGUAUUGGUAGGUUAGAAAACCUAGCCCGCUAAUAACCGACUUUCACGUGACUUCAGCAAUUUAUAAAGUGUGAUCUCACGUGUGCAUUGUCUCGCAGCAGUCCUGUAAAAUAGGUAUUGUUCUCCUGAUUCUCAUCCCCUUUACGCAAGAGACAAGACGCGACUACAACUCAGAGAGACCUGGAAGAUGAACCAGAGUAAGAAGGGGCCUAGAGUGCCCAGCCCGCAUCUUCAGCCCUU